AUGGAAAGUUGUUGCGGCGGAGGUUUUGGAAGAUUGGAGUCCGCGUUGCAGCUCUCACCUGACGAAUCAGUACAAAACCGCAAUAGAUGUCAGGUCGUUACACACAUUCAGAACCACCUCACACGAAACAAAUCCGAGCUAUACCAAGCCCCCGUUCAGAAAUUCUGCAAAGAAGCUGAACGAAUCACGAAACGUUUUCUCGCUGAACAUGAGAACGUAAUAGUGCUGGAGUCAGACAAGGGCAAGAAAAUGGUCAUAAUGUUCAGGGAGGACUACGACAGGAAAAUGGAAGCGCCGCUGAACGACACCACCUACAAAAUCGUACCAAGGGACCCUACAUCAAACAUACAAACAACCAACAAUAGAUUUGUAUCCAGACUCAUUGACAAACCUACAGCAAGAGAUCUGAAAUUGACGACAGCAGUGUGCCCUAGGAUCUACGGUCAACCGAAGGCACACAAACCAGACCUGCCCCUCCGUCCUGUUGUGUUAAACAUCACAGCUCCGACAUACAAACUCUCUAAAUAUGUUGCAUCCAUCCUACAACAGUCUGCACACGGACACUACAACGUUUCCGACAGCUUCGAGUUUGCAAAAUACGUGCCAACGGUUAAACUUCCGCCAGGGUAUGUACUAGUUUCAUUCGACGUCGUAUCCCUAUUCACAAACAUACCCAAGGAUCUAGUGCUCAGGGACAUCAUUAUGAACUGGCAAAGCAUCAAGAAGGUCACGGACAUCAAUCUAGACCUCUUUCUAGAAAUCGUAGAAUUUUGUCUCGACAGUUCAUACUUCUGUUUUCGAGGCAAGUACUACGUACAAACAUUCGGCACAGCUAUGGGUAGCCCACUGUCCCCCAUACUCGCAGACCUCGUAAUGGACACGCUACUGUGUACCGUUGUUAGACUAGUUCCGUUUCCAAUACCCAUCCUGAAAAAGUUUGUUGACGACCUGCUGCUAGCAUUACCCAUGGACCAGAUACAGACGACACUAGAUAUCUUUAACAGUUACAACCCAUAUCUACAGUUCACAAUCGAAAAAGAAAAUGACAACAAACUACCCUUCUUGGACACGCUAAUUAUCCGGCACAACGACCAGACACUCAGAACCACCUGGUACAGCAAACCUAUUGCCUCAGGACGAUUGAUGAUCUAUCAUUAUUUCCAUCCAACUGCAAUGAAAAUGAAUGUUGCUUCUAACUUCAUUGAACGCGUAACGAGACUAUCAACGAAUCCAGGUGAAGAAAACCAAUAA